UGUCUUGGUUUGCAUUAGUGGUGUGGCAGUAAGUCUGAAGUCAGUCUGGGACAUCUGUGAGGAGAGGACCACAAGGCUGAAUGUGCACCUGUAUGCGUGUAUGUGAAAGGACAGCUCUGGGACGCUUACUGACCUGAAGGCGCAGUGAUGUUUUGUGCAUUUUCGGGCCCAGGGUCAACCAGUACCUCACUUAUGUAUCACUAUAGCAAUGGGAAAGAGGUGUACUCUCCAAAUGCAGAGGAACCGAAGACAGAUUCUGCUUCAUACUCAUCUUUUAAACUUCCGAGCACAAGUUUCACAGGCCAUUUCUUUGAUGGGACAAACAGCUCUGUAGACCCCUGGAGCUCAGCCAGUGGGAUCAGUCCAUCAGGUCAUGGAGGCAUGCUGGGAUCCUCAUCAUCUAGCCAAUCACUGUCUGGGAACAAUGGCAACCUGCCAGCACAUGACCGUCUGAACAUUACACCAAAUUCAGCACCACCUGAUGUCAGCAAGUGUCUUCCGCCGAUGUCCUCUUUUCACAGAGGAAGCAGCAGUGCUUCGUCUUUUGUUUCUUCACCCCAUAAUACGCAUGCCGGUUUCGCAGAUCGGCGCAUGGGUGGUCAGGGGAGCACUGCUGGGGGUUCACACACUGGAGAAACUCUCAGGAAAGCCCUGGCUUCUAUUUAUUCUCCUGAUCACACCAAUGGCAAUUUUCCCUCCAGUUCAUCCACUCCAGGGAGAUCUUCACCUAUGGCUGCUUCUACUGUCUCAGCAGGAGCUAACCAAUGGCCUCGAUCAGGUGGGCAGACAAUACUGCCAUCCAAUUAUGAGAACUCUAUGCAGACAUUGGUGGAGGAUAAACUGGACAGAUUAGAAGAUGUCAUUCAUGUCCUAAGGAACCAUGCAGUGGGCGGGACAAAUUUUAACCUGCUCAAUGACAUGCGUAAUUUAAUAGGACUCACGCAGCAAGGACAAAUUACAAUGAGAUCAAACUGCCCCAUCACCGGACUAGUAACAAACGGAUUACCUACAGAUGUGUCUGCAGCAGACCCAGGUGAGGCUGCUCAUUUGGGCACACACUCUUCUACUUCUUCCUCCUCUUCUGAUCUGACUUAUCAGGAAGACUACUUUAGAGGUUCCCACAAAACAACUCUGGCAGCAGGUCUUCUCUCCAGUGUGUCAUCAGGUAAUCUGGAGGUAAAGACAGAGCCGUCCGAUGUGGAAGAUUUUAGACUGCACCGGACACACUCCAGGAAUCCGUCUCACCCUCAUCAUUCUAGUCGUCUGUCUCACUCUUCCUCCAGUGGUCUGCACUCUGAUGAAGAGAGUGACAUCAGAGAGCCUGAAACCCCCAGCAAUGAUUCUGCUACCAGAACCAGUAGCAUAUUUGAGGAUGAAGAGUUGUCCCCAGAGCAGAAGGCUGAGAGGGAAAGGGGGAGAAGGUUGGCAAAUAAUGCUCGCGAGCGCCUGCGUGUGAGGGACAUCAACGAGGCUUUCAAAGAACUGGGCCGCAUGUGCCAGCUGCAUCUGAAAAGCGAUAAGCCGCAGACCAAACUUCUCAUCCUGCAUCAGGCUGUUGCAGUCAUUCUUAGUCUAGAGCAACAGGUUCGAGAGCGAAACCUGAACCCGAAGACUGCUUGCUUGAGGAGGAGAGAGGAGGAAAAAGUAUCAGCCAUGACACUGGAUCCUCAGUCCAUGCAUACUGUCAUUCAUGCAACACAAGCUGAUCAAGUCACAGGCCAUCUCUGACAAGCUCUUUGUAUGUGUAGGUAUAUGUGUGUGAGAGAGGUUGUGGGAAGGAGUGGUGGAGAAUGAAUGAGAUUGGUUCAAUUCUUUAAAUAAUUAUUUUCUAAUAGCCAGAAAAACUGUGUAUUUUAACAAAAUGUUGACUCUCCUCUAUAGCACUUUUAAAGCAGUUAGCUUUAUCAUUGACCUUAUACAAUGCCCUAUCUGAACAAGAAAAUGAAAAAAGAAAAAAAAAAAAAACGUUUCACUGUUUAUAUGUACACAGAUACCCGACUAACCCGUUUUCUCUUAUGCAUAUCGCUUCCUGGAGAUCCAUUUCCAUCGCUUAUGUUAGCAUUCUCCUCCAAACAGUAUAUAAUUCAUUUUAUAUUAUUCCUGUCGCAUUAUCCUACUUAAAGCUAACAUUGUUAACGUGGACUUCAAUGCAGUAGUUAAGUUUUCUGUAGUUUUACUGUGUGUCUUUUAUUACGUCCAAUUCUGAGACCUGAAUUUUUAUUACAUGACAAUAAAGUAUGAAAUCAAAUACAGUACAUAAUACUUUUCUACAAGUACAUUUUUACAUGUAAAUGGAAAGACAGUUGUCUUUGUGUAAACUUUCUACAUAGUAUUUUAAAAUAAAGUUUAUGGUUAAAAAAGAAAA